GGAGAAGAGAGGCCUUUACGCGCAGUGCGUGUCUUGCGUAUAGGACGGGCGGCAUUCGAUCUGGCUUUCUGUUUGAAGACAGCUGCCCAAUCCUGUUCCUAGAGAGCUACGUCCUGUAGGUUUCCAUUCCAACCUUAACAAAGAAAACCUCAUUCAGCAGCUGAAGAUCGCAUUGAGCAGCUAAUUGGUAGAAGCCGGUGCGCCAAAUUAUAGUUGAAAUUAACACCUACAGGACAAUAGAUCACGAGGAACAGGAUUUGGCAGCCCUGGUAGGAUGCCAAACAGUUCUGACUGAAUAAUAAAUGUGCCCAAAAGUCGACAGUUCAGCGGGAGAUCGCCCGCCUACACACUACAUUUCUCGAUACGCCAUCUUGACUUUGAACAACGCCACACCCAUGAAAUCCUGGAUCCGCCGAUGACAUUUCCCAGUCUUUUUCUGAUAACACAUGACUCUGCUUCUACCUUGCCUGGCAGCUGGAAUGCUUCUGACUGAUCUCCCUGUACUGCGCCUAUGUGUUUCUGAUCCGGGGAGAGAGGGAGAGAAUGUGAACUGUGGGAAGCGGCAGCAUGCAUCCGCGUAAGCUGCCGUGCGCGAUAAUGGUCGUCGCCAUUUUCGGCUGGCCCCUGUUCUGCGCCUUUCGGUACGGUUUCCACGAAGCCGUCAGGUGGUACGGUAACGGCAAGCGGGUGUCGGAGACGGCGGUGCACUCGUGCGGCGUGAACCUGAGCGACGACACCAUCGUGGCGGCGCGCGGCGGCGCGGUCCUCCUGGUCUCCGCGUUCCGGGACGAGCGGUUCGCCCCCAGGACCCUGCGGGUGAUCGGCAUCGCGCGCCGGGCCGGACUGCCGCGCCUCUACUGCCACAUCUGCACCGGGCCCUCCGUCUUCACCGCGCCCGCCGAGACGCUGUUCCACUCGGACCACUUCGACUUCCCCUACGGCACCGUGGACUUCCUGUGCCGGGUGCCAGAGAAGGUGGGGCGGGCCCUCCAGGUGUCCGUCUCUGCCCGGCAACGUCCGGAAGUCAGGGAGCCCUACCUGUGGAUUCGCGAGGCCGGCCGGAACGCCACCGGCCCCUUCCCCCGGCAGUUUUCGGUGUGUGUCUCCACCUUGUUCGGUAACUAUAGCAACGUCCUGCAGUUCGUCCAGUCGAUGGAGAUGUACCGCCUCCUGGGGGCGGGGAAAGUGUUCGUAUACAAGAGUGACUGCGGGCCGCUGCUGCGGAAGGUUCUGGAUCACUACUCCGCCGAAGGCCUGCUGGAAGUGGUCCCCUGGGAAGUGGACCGCUAUCUCCGCGUCUCUAACAGCUGGAAGCCCUCGCUGGGGCCCGGCGACCUGCACUACCACGGCCAGAUCGCCGCGCUCAACGACUGCCUCUACCGCAACAUGGAGGCCAGCGCGUACGUGGCGCUGGUGGACAUCGACGAGGUCAUCGUUCCGCGGAUCCACGACACCUGGGGCGCCAUGAUGGCCUUCCUGUCCAGCCGGCACCUGGGCGUGGAGAGCUUCUCCUUCGAGGACGCCGUGUUCCGCACCGAGGUGUUCGGAGACGGCGGGCGGUUCGACUUGUGGCCCCGCGUCCCGGGCGUGAACGUCCUGCGGCACGUGGACCGCGAGCCCCUGCGGCCGUUCGCCUUCAACGCGCGGAAGCUGGUGGUGAACCCGCGCGCGGUGGUCUGGACCUCGGUGCACCACACGCUCUGGCAGCGCGGCGCCUCCAUGGAGGUGCCCGCCUCCGUGGCCCGCAUGCACCACUGCCGCAAGCGGGACGACCUGGGCGUGCGGGACAGCCAGCUGGUGCGGGACACCACCCUCUGGAAGUACAGCGCCGCCCUUGUCCGAAACGUGAACCGCACCCUGAGCCGGGUGCUCGGGGCCGCAGGGCUCGACCCAUAAAGAUGUCCUGCCAGUUUCGUGCCUUUCGUAAUGAUGCAAAUAUUAUUACUGCCAUUUUGUUCAUAUUGUUUGCUUAUAAUUGUUGCUGUUAUUAUGAUAUUAUUUCUUUAAUACUGUUAUUAGUCGCAGUAAUGCUGGAACUGAAGUUCUGUUUUAUUGCUACAACUAAUACUAAUGAAGUUGUGCUAUUAACGAGAUUGUGAAGUGUAUGAAUAAACAUUAGUGGGGUUGUCAUUGA